AUGGAGAAAGAGGGAAAGGCAAAUUGCCAGGGUUUCGGAUCACCUUUUCACUCAAUAUGGCUCCCAUGUUUUGGAAAAAUGAGACAAAUAUUCACAGUGUUUCGGGGCUUGGGUUUGGUCAUUUUUGCGGUGGACUCGGAAGCAGGAGGAUCACCCAUUGCACCCCAUUGCACCCCCUGGCGGCCCCGUCUGUCCCCAUCAAGCAGGCUGGGGCCCAGGGGGGCCCAGGAGAUGGAUGGCAGAGAGAGCACAUGGCCCCCGGGAACCCGGCGGAGAGGUGAGAUGCCUUGCAUUGGCCUCGCGUGCCGUUGCGGGUAG